UAAACCUGCCAAAUAAUAAUGUUUGCCAUGUUAUUAUUUUAACCUGCGAUACUAAACAAACAGACGCGAAUAUAUUAUUAGUUGAUGCUCCUAUUAAUUCGUGCGAGACUCGCCGUAAUUUUAUAAUGUAUAUAGAAAAAAAAGCUUAAUUUGUCAAGUUUUUUUCUAUUGCUAAUUAUUAGAAUUGAGUUGAAGCGGGUUUUUAAUUUGAUGGACCAUCAGUACUCGCGUGUACUUUAAAUGUUGCGUCGAGCAGCGAUUACGGUGGAUUUUACGGUACAUCGAAUAAAUCGGUUAUUGUAUCCAGGAAAAACGUAAUUUAAUGGAACUCGGUAAUUAAGUGAUAAGAUGUUUCGUCAGUUCGACUUGGGUUUUUCAAUGAACCAGAUGUAUACAAAGAAAUUCCCAAGUGCAGUAAUUUUAUGGUUUUAAUAAGUGGUGAAGGUUACCUGCUAAAGCGUUAAGAUAUAAUUUUAGUUGAUGCAGUGUUUAGUGUUAUGACUGUUCAUGGUAAUUUAGUGCACAAUGGCGGAUAUCUACCAUGGGGACAAUGUAGAAGUGCAAGAGAGGCUACUACAAAUGCCAGAGCGUAGCCAAAACUCCACAUCGGAAGAGGAAGAGGAGGAUGACAUUAUAUCGAAUACCAUAGGCAAAUACGGCAAAUGGCAGUUCUUACUUACUUUUAUAUUAGCUUUAGUGAACAUACCUUGUACCUGGCAUAUUUUUGUGCCCAUUUUUCACGCACGAGAAAUGAAAUUCAUUUGUGUACAGCCGCCUGGCAGCUGCCAAACAAUAGACUCGUGUCAAGUGUCAAUAGAAUCUGUAGGUAACAGUAGCUGUAGCGUAGACAGUAAUAUUACUUUAGUAAAAUGUGAAAACUGGAGGUUUUUGGGGGAAGGUGUGACUAUAACCUCCGAGUUCGAUUUAGUCUGUGAUAGAAAAUCUCUAAUAAACCUGGCAGAGAUGAUGUUUCUUGCUGGGGUUGCCCUUGGAGGUUUAGUCAGCGGAAUCAUUUCCGAUAAAUAUGGCAGAAAGAGAACUUUACUUGCCUCCAUAUUUAUUCAGUGCACCAUAGGCACCACAAUAGCAUUUGCACCAUGGUUUGAGCUUUACGUAGCACUACGUUGCAUCCUGGGUUUUUUCUCAGUGUCAGUUGUCUUCAGCGGGUUUGUGUUAACGAUAGAACUUGUCGGAGGACAUUGGAGAACGAUAAGUGGGAUUUCGUAUCUGUUUCCAGUUGCACUGGGUUAUUGUACCAUUGCUGGAAUGGCCUAUGUACUGCAAGAUUGGAGGCACCUGCAAAUUGCUGUAUCUUUGCCUGGAACUGCAUUUUUGUUCUUAUGGUGGUUCAUUCCAGAAUCUCCUCGUUGGCUCCUAGCCUUAGGCAAAACGAAAGAAGUAAUCCAAAUCCUGGAACGAGCAGCAAAAUUCAACAACAAACCUCUGCCAGCGAACCUAGAGAAAUCACUGGUCCCCGUCCAGAAAAUGGACCAAACGGAAAACCAUAACGUGGGCGUGCUGGACCUUUUCAAAAACGCCGCCAUGAGAAAGAAGACUUUGAUCCUUUUCUUGAUAUGGUUCGGAGUGUAUUUGGUUUACUACGGCCUGGUGCUAAACCUUGGAAACCUUGGUGGGGACCUGUAUGUUAACUCUUGCCUUACAGGUCUAGUGGAAGUCCCAGCGGUGGCCUUAAGCAUACUAAUCCUGAUCAAAGGAGGUAGAAGGUGGCCUUUGGCACUCACUAUGAUCCUUUCGGGAAUAUUCGCCGGCCUAGCGAUUCCAGUUUCAUGGAUCUCCGAUGACUUACAAUGGCUAAUUACCACAUUUAUGAUGACCAGCAAGUUCUGCGUUAGUUCUUCAAAUGUGAUCAUGCCUGUUUACACAGCCGAACUCUACCCGACGAUCAUAAGGAACAUUGGGGUGGGAGCUGCAAAUGUUCCUGCCGGUGUUGCUUUGAUGUUGGUGCCGUAUCUCUUUGAAUUGGCAUUUAUUGACAGAUCGGUUCCAUUGUUGGUGAUAACAAUAAUCGGGGUGGUAGGUGGCGCCUCAGUACUGUUUCUUCCGGAAACUGGUGUUCAGCCUCUGCCAGAUACGCUUGAUGGCAACCAGGCUACAAGAAUGUCCAUCGCAUCAGCAAACGGAGAUGUCAAGAAGAUCAACAACAACCAUCGGGUUUAAGAAAAUCAUUAUUUUACUUAAUUUAUUGGUACUUAAAAUUAGAACAGCGAUUAAUUACAUUGACAUUAUCGUCGAUUGGUCAAAGUUCUCUGCGUUGCCGAAAACAACUGGUCGGUCAUUUUUCAUUGAAGAAAAUGAUAAAACGAUGGGUGGCGCAUUUGUAAUUUAUUAUUGUGUUUUCAAUAGUCACAUUAAUCAUUAUAUUGAUGAAUGUACUAAAAAUAAUGUUUUUUCUUUAAUGAAGUGUGAGGCUGCGUACUUUUGCACUAAAUAAAACCUUAUAAGUAUUUCUAGUUUUAGGAUAGUAUUAGUUUAGUUUGUAUAGAAGUGAAGACUUUUCCAGUUAUUGACGUAAAAUUUGAAAUUUUUGUUAAAAAAAUUUCAUUGGCAAUAUUUUACUUCUAUUAAUUUUUUUACGAUAUUGAAGUUUGGCAUUCAUCCAAAUUGGUUACAAUUAUUAAACAUGUUUUCUUACAGUUUUCAGUCGCAAAAGCUAAUAUUAAAAAUAGUUUUCAAUUUAUAGGAUAUUUUAUUUAUUAGGGUACAUUUAAAUUUUUUAUUGAUUUUUUUAUUAAUUAUAUAGAUUUAAACUCUGUUGCCAAAAAAGCCAUUUGACAUCAUUAUCAAU